GGGAGGGGCAAACUCAGCUGAACUAGUCUGUCUUCUGAAUUGUGAACAGUAAAUCAGCUGUGUAUGAAAGAUUCACCGGCGUUUAAAAUGUCUGUUAAUAGCAACGAUUUAGUUGAAGAAAACGAAGCUGUCUCUAAUUUUAGGGAAUAUUUAAGGAUACCAUCCGUACAACCGAAUAUUAACUACGAUAAAUGCGUGGUGUUUCUGCGGAAACAGGCAUGCAGUCUGAAUUUACCAGUUCGGGUUCUGCAAAUGGUCCCUGGCAAGCCCAUAGUCCUCAUAACGUGGACAGGGAGUCAACCAUCGUUACCGUCUCUGCUCCUCAAUUCGCAUAUGGAUGUGGUACCUGUCUAUCCCGACAAAUGGAAGUACGACCCCUUUGGCGCUGAAAAGGAUGAGAAUGGUAACAUCUAUGGCAGAGGAGCCCAGGACAUGAAGUGUGUCGGUAUCCAGUACAUAGAGUGCAUCAGAAGGCUUAUGCGAGACGGCCGCAAAUUGAAGCGAACCAUCCAUCUGUCUUUCGUUCCUGAUGAAGAGAUCGGUGGCGUGGCCGGUAUGGGUGAAUUCGUGAAGUCUGACGAAUUCCGUGAGCUGAACAUUGGCUGCGCCCUUGACGAGGGGAUGGCUAGCCCGGGAGAGGAAUUUGUCGUUUUCAACGGCGAACGAUCAAUUUGGCACAUGCACAUCCACUGCCUGGGCACCCCGGGCCAUGGAUCGCUUCUAUUGGACGACACAGCCGGAGAGAAGCUGAACAUUGUCAUCAACCGGUUCAUGGCGCGCCGUGAGCAGGAGAAGAAGAAGCUGGAGGUCAAUCCAAACCUCACAGUCGGUGACGUCACCACUAUCAACCUCACCAUGCUCAAGGGUGGUGUCCAGAACAACGUUGUCCCCCCAGAAUUGGUGGUUGGAUUUGACUGUCGGUUAUCGGUCGACACUGAUCAUGAAGAAUUCGAAAACUGGGUCAAGGCUAUUUGUGAUGAAGUAGGAGGUGACACGUGGGUUGAAUUUCAACGUAAAGAGUGGAAGAAAAAGGUUACUCCAAUUUCUCAUGACAAUUUGUGGUGGCAAUGCCUCUGUACAGUCGCAAGCAAUUUGGGUCUCAAGCUGAAACCUGAGAUAUUCCCUGGUGGAACAGAUAGUCGAUUUAUCAGAGAGUUGGGAAUCCCAGCAUUCGGCUUCUCGCCAAUGAACCACACCCCUGUGCUUCUGCACGAUCAUAACGAGUUUCUCAACGAGAAGAUUUUCUUGAAGGGCAUCGACAUCUACUAUCAGAUCAUCACGGCGCUUGGCAAUCUAUAGAACUGGGAGCUGGAGGAGAAGGAGGUGGUGAGGUGGGGGGAGAGAGCAGCUGGAGAAGGAGGGGAAGUGGUGAGGAGGGAUGUAGUGGAGGUGGAGGAGAUGGAGGAAGUUGUGAUGAAGAUGGGAGAUAAGAAGUUGUUUUUGUUGAAGAAGUGUAAGAAAGAAGUGGGGAGGAAAGAAAGUAAUAGUAAUGAGAAAGAAGGGAUAUGGGAGGAGGUAAUGGGAGAGGAGGAGGAGGAGGAGGAUGAGGAGGAGGAAAUGUUGAAGGGUGAGAAGGAGAUAAACGGUAAGAAUUUAAAUUUGUUGUUGGUAAAGAAGUGUGAAAUUAGAGUUGGGAAGAAAUAUACUAAUGUUACUGUAAAGGAAGUAAUGGAGGAGGAGAAGAAGGAAAAGGAGGAGGAAGAGGAGGAGGAGGAGGAGGAGGAGGAGAAGGAGGAGGAGGAGGAGGAGGAGGAGAAGCAGCCCUUUUGUGAUUGUUACCGUUGAGGCCUUUCAAGCUAUGUCUUAUAUGUCCUCUUCUAUGAAUCUUGUAUCCCACUGCAUUAUCUUGCCAUAUUAUCUUUAGUGCAUACUCUGUGGCUGUUUUUAUCCUAAUUU